AUGUGGGGGCCAUCAAAUGGGCAGCCCCCACAACAACACCAACUCCAUCAUCAACAACAACAACAACAAACACAAUAUCCUACACAACAACAAUUACCACAUAAUACAAGUGUUCAACCCACGAUGGGUGCUGGAACGUUUCAUCAUAAUCAUCAUAAUAAUACUCAUCAUUCUACUAUGUACGUUUCGUAUCGACCACAAAUUGUGCCACAACAAAGAAUGGUGAAUUCGCUAUAUUCAUCAAUGCCCCUACCAUUACCACAUGCUAUUCAUUGGUGGAAUGGUAGCGGGGAUGCAUCUUUACCAUCUUCGUCGUCUUCAUCAAUGCCCUCCACAUCGGCAUUACAUCGUUCACCGUUACAAAGUGGCAGUUAUCCACCGCCACCGCUUUCACAAUCCAUUCAUUAUCGUAAACGAAAGUGA